AUGGAUUUUGCUCUGGCCCUAAAUCAUGGCAAUGUUCUGGCCGCGGCUCGAAAUAAUCAGCCGCAUUUGACGUUGUACGAGGAUAUGCAUAUCCCGGAAAUUACAAUGUUCGCCGAUUUCGAUGCGGCAUAUAUGAUGGAAGUCAAACAAGAAAAGCCACGGCGAUCCCGUGACGACUCUACACUGCCCAACCCAGUUCACCACCCGGCGACUGGCAACAACUUUAACGAAAUC